GCACAGGCGCGCUGCGGCUCCCGCAGGCGAUGGAGGAGCCGCCAUGGCGGCACCGGGCGCGGUACAAGCGCCGGGCAGCGCCGCCCUGGAAGGAGACCUACCGCCUGCGCUGCAUGGAGAGACUGCGGAGCAGCCGGGCGGAGCUGCUGGAGCGGUACCGGCAGGCCGGGCAGAGGCCGCGGGGCCCGGCGCUGGUGCGGGAGGUGAUGGAGCAGGAGUGGCGGGCGCUGCAGGCCCUCGGCGGGACGGAGCCGCUGCCGCAGAUGCUAGAGGACCCCGAUGAGCUGUCAGUGCUGGAGGAGAUCCAGCAAGAACUGAUCUUGCAAGAGCAGCUGGUUAUGAAAGAGUACGAGCAGAGCCUGCAGUUUGAUGAGGAAUGCCUCAACGCGAUGCUCGAUGGCUUGGAUGCCAGUGACAAGAUCAUCUGCCCAGUGUGUAGAAAGAAUAACCUGACUGUGAGGAAUCAUGUGGUUUUUUGCCAGUGUGGGUUAUACAUCAGCACACAGGACAUGACAGAAGGGAGGCUUCGGUCACUCCUAGAAAACACUGUAACAGAGCACAGCCACAGGUGCUCCCACAACCCGGAGUUCACAGUCACCAGUGGCAUGGAGGAAGAAGCCAGUCUCCUCAUGAGCUGUGCGGUCUGUGACUCCUGGACGAUUCUCCUGUAAGUUGAUUCAACUGCUGCUUUUGUACUGGAAGGACUUCCAAGACUAAAAAUCCCCUCAGAGCUGCUAGUAUUUUUAUGUAUAUAUGUGUAACUAACUGCUGUGUCAGAUCCCUGAAAAGGCAGUAGUGUUGCCUUGACCUGCACUUUGAAUGGCAUAGUAUGUAUUUUGAAAUAAAUAUACUUUGGUUUAUUU